AAAGAAGAUAAUCUCAUCAGCAAAAUCCCUAAGUGAUUGAUAGCGUGAUAACAUAACGCAACAUAUUGCUGCAAAAAAUAUUAAAACGAAUUGCUUUCUUAAAACAUGCGAGCCUAUAUUUUGUUAAGUUUGAUAAUUAGCACCGCCAUUGCGGCGCCGAGCAGCCGGCUCGUGAUUGGAGGAGAGAAUACGUCCAUUGAGAGAUACCCAUUCUUCGCCAACAUACAGCUGCGUCUAUUCCAGCUGCUUCUGCUGCACUGCGCGGGGUCACUGCUCACUCCUGAUGCCGUGCUGACGGCCGCGCAAUGCUUCAGCUUAAAGAACCCCAGUUCGUAUCGACUGCGCCUCGGCAGCCCCAUGGCUUCAUACGGCGGGGACUCUCACGAUGUCUCCGAAAUCAUCAUACAUGAGGAAUUUGACGAGGGCUCUCUAGCCCAUGAUGUGGCCAUCCUCCGCCUGACAUCCAGUGCCCAGGAGUCGGCGACUAUUGGCUUUGCUCGUAUCCCGUCCCGCUCCUACAGCCUACCGGAUAAUACGCCGGUCUCUGUCGUCAACUUCGGGCAAUACGCUGGAUUGGAUCCAUCAUUCCCCGUGAUAGUGAUUCACAAAGCGGACGUGUUCACCAUCAACCAGCAGACCUGUGCUGACCGAUAUGCCGUGCUGAACAACCAGACGGGAUCAGAGACCACCCGUGACGUCACUGAGGGGAUGAUCUGCUCCGGAGUGCUGGACGUGGGGGGACAGGAUGUGUGUAUGAGUGGGGAGGGGAGUCCCCUAGUGUAUGGGGAGGAUAUCGUGGUGGGAGUCACCUCGUGGGUGCAUCGGUGCGGCGACGCGCACUACCCUCGCGUCAACACGCGCGUUGCGUCGUAUUCUGACUGGAUUGUUGGAAAUGUCGUAUAAAUGU